UUCAAUCUGUUCAAUAACGCUAUCAAUGACAAGAAACAUUGUCUUUGAGAUUCAAAUAUCCUUCUAAUUUGGUAUUAACGUGGCAAUUCGUACUUGGUAAUUCCUCUUUUGAAAUCGCUACCUUUUAUCCGCCACGCAGCAUCAGCUUCCGGGCAUCUUUAAGCCAACUAGGAUUUGGACAUACAAGGUCAUUCUGCUGACUAUAAAAACUGAAACUAAACUAGACAUUAGUUAGCAGUCAGUGCUGAAAACGUGAAGAGAAUUACUGUCUCAAAACAUCUUCAUAAAGGUAAUUUCUGCUUGAUGUUACAAUGUACAAAAUGRAACGUCUAGUCAUCGUCUGGUUGACGAUUAUUUCUAUGAGCAUGACAUUUAUCUCGGAGAUCUCUGCCGAUGUUAACUUUAUCCCCGUUGGUUGCUACCGCGACAAUCACAACAAAGAUGMACGACCCCUCCCCCAGUUAGUAGCCAAUUAUCGAGGGCCAAGCCAGUUAAACUGGACUGACCUGUAUGGYAGUGUAGUYACGCCCUGUGCUAAGGUUGCCAUGGASAAGGGUUUCGAGUAUUUUGGCGUUCAGUUUUAUGGAGAGUGUUGGAGCGGUCUCCAUGGUGAUGUGACGUACAACAUCGAUGGGGAAUCGGAUCAGUGCGUAGAGGAUGUCGGGAAGGAAUAUGCUUUGAUGGUAUAUAAGAAGAUUACAACAGAGACUGAAUGUGUUGCCUACAAGACUCUUAGUGAGUCAGACCGAGCCGUUACRUCGCCAGGAGGUACAAAGUGCGAUCUAUCCUUACAAUCAGAUGCAUGGCAUCGUUUUAAUGGUGAUGCUGGAACAGCAAUGGCUCAUUCAUGUACACUUAAGAACCACUGUGGAUCACURCUGACUGGUUGGCUGCAUGACGAUCCUCCCAGUGUCCGUGAGGGAAUAGUGGACAGAAAGGUCUGUUUCUCUUCAAGGACGACAUCUAAUUCUGGUACAUGUUGCUCUGACAGUAAAACCGUUAAGGUUCGCAACUGUGGCAAGUUCUACGUGUAUGGGAAACUGAAGGGAGCAAUCGAUGGAUGUCCAAUACGCUUCUGUGGAAACAAAGGGUUGUAGACUACAGCAUUUUCAAGAGGAGUCCGUCUUUAGAUGAAUACUGCAAGAAACAAAGCUAAUAUACAUGUACGAAGUACUUAAUGGGGGGCGGUUGUAAGAAUAGAAAUCUAAUGAAUUUAUUAUUAUAUAAAACCUCUAGGUAAUUUAUACGCAAAUUGAAUAAGGCAGCCAUURCUUGGCACCUUACUUUCCCUCGCACAUAUGGCUUGGAGUACUAGAUAGAGUUAAAAAUAUUAUUAUGAAUAAAGGGUGUAAAAUUGACGAAAAAUAAAAUCAUCUAAACACUGAA